CUUCCACCUCCUGGGUCAUGUGACCAGGAUAUCCGUAUGACGGAUGGAGAAGAGUGGAGACUGAGUCACCAUCUGGAGGAGCAGAAACAUGGUGUACAUCGCGAACGGACAAGUGCUGGACGGCCAGCGGAGGUCUCCGUGGAGGCUGUCCUUUUUUACUGACCUGUUCUGGGGAAUUACGGACUUCGUUGUCUUGUUCUUUCAGAGCAUGGCUCGACCGGACAUGACAAGAAGGGGGGGUUCCAGCUCUUUAUCCAGCUCAAGAUAUGACGACGGAAGAGGUCCUCCAGGAAAUCCACGUCGUAGAAUGGGACGAAUCAACCAUGGCUCCGGCCCCAGCCCUCCACCAAUGGCAGGAGGCGGAUGAGGAAGGUAAACGCCUGCUCGUGGAAGCAGGCAACUAGAGAAGAACAUGAACCAGUAAAAGAAGAAAAGGAAAGAGCACAUUACACUUUUCAUGUUUUUCUCUACAUGUGCAAUGCUCUGCAGCCGUGCAGAUCCAUGAUGUUGUGCUGGGCAAUCCUUAUCCAGGAUCCAGUAUGACUGAUGAUGCAUAUGUAAAACUGUAAAUGGACUUUUUGCGGUACUGUAUGUCUUAUCCGAACGUUAGAACAUGGGUGAGGUAUGGACAGAAGGGGCGACGUCAGCUGUGCAGCCCCCAUCGUCUACAGCAUCUGAAGGCGACUCUGGUAUCUGUCAACAGCACAAUCCCAGUUUGCAUGUCAUAUAAUUUAUUUUUAUGCCAUUAUAAUUGGCUCGGAUAUACUUGUAUCGCCAUACUGUCUUAGUGAGCCGCCAUUAUUUUUUUCUCACUCGGCAAUCCUGUAGUUUUCUGUGCUUUACCAAUAUAAACAUGCACAAUAUUUCUAGUAAUGUAAAUAUAUCAUAGAAAAAAUUGCACAUGGCUUAUUUUAUUGUUCCAUAAACAUUACUUAUGUAGCGGAAUAAGGCCAAGUUCACACGUGGUCAGUGAUUUCCAUCCAUGAUUCUGAGCCAUGCUAGGUACAGGUCAAAAACACAAAACGGGAGUAAAUCUUUCCAUUAAGGGCUUAUUCACACGACCGUAUGAAUGGGUCUACAUCCGUUCCGCAGUUUUGUCAGUGGGGCCACAAAAGAUGUGGACAGCACGACGUAUGCUGUCCACAUCCGUAGUUCCGU